CCAGACCCCCCCAGCCCUUCCUCCUUGUCUCCUGUACCAGCCUCACUCCCCUCCCCUCCAGCCACAGCCCUAGCGAUUCUGGGCUUCUCUCCUGCUCUGAAUGCUGCCAUUGCUCCCCAGUGCCCAAGGUAACCAAAGGCCACAUUAUCUGUGGGGCUCAGGAACCAUCUGCAGAGAGGACCCACUUUCUGGGCCACUAGACUUACUCAAGGGAGAGCCCUACAUGUCCCCCACACACGCCCCCCUGCUCCCUGGGAGGUCUCCGGAGAGACCAGUCAAGGACUCGCCUCAGUUUCCUGCUUGGUGAAAUGGGCAGUGAGUCCCCUGGUGCUAGACUGACUGAAUCAACGGGUCUCAGCGAAUUGGCACUGGCCCAUCUGUCCCCAGCCAGUGUGUCCCGCCCGCCCGGAGUCGGUGCCUGGAGCGCCCGGGCUCCGCCUCUCUCCACCCCCCUCACAAAUAACUCUCCUGGGCUGCGCGGGCCCAGAGUCGCCCAGCUGCGCUCGGUCUCAGCUGCGCCAGAGCCCGAGCCCAGGCUCCGCGCAGAUGGAGCCCAAGACCAGGCGCCGGCGUAGGAGUCGCCAGCUGGUGGCCACCUUCCUGCGUGACCCCGGCUCUGGGCGCGUCUACCGGCGCGGGAAGCUAAUCGGCAAGGGCGCCUUCAGCUGCUGCUACAAGCUCACGGACAUGUCCACCAACACCGUGUUCGCCCUCAAGGUGGUGCCGUGCAGCGGGGGUGGUGCAGGGCGUCUUUGCCCCAAGGGGAAGGUGGAGCGUGAGAUUGCCCUCCACAGCAGCCUCCGCCACCCCAACAUCGUGGCCUUUCACGGACACUUCGCCGACCACGACCACGUGUACAUGGUGCUGGAGUACUGCGGCCGCCAGUCGCUGGCCCACUUGCUCAAGGUGAGGCAGACCCUGACGGAGCCAGAGGUACGCUAUUACCUGCGGGGCGUGGUCAGCGGCCUGCGUUACCUGCACCAGCGGAGAAUCGUGCACCGAGACCUGAAGCUCAGUAACUUCUUCCUAAAUAACAACAUGGAGGUGAAGAUUGGAGACCUGGGGCUGGCUGCCAGAGUGGGGCCAGGGGGCCGCUGCCACAGGGUCCUCUGCGGGACCCCAAACUUCCUGGCCCCGGAGGUGGUGUCCCGAAACGGGCACACGUGCCAGUCGGACAUCUGGGCCCUGGGCUGCAUCUUGUACAUGGUGCUCACGGGCAGCCCACCUUUCCCGGUGGGACCCCUCUCGGAGAUGUAUCAAAACAUCCGCACCGGCCUCUACCCGGAGCCCACCCACUUGUCCCCUAACGCGCGCCACCUCAUCGCCCGCCUCCUGGCACCCAACCCCGCCGAGCGGCCCAGCCUGGACCGGCUACUCCAGGACAAUUUCUUCACACAGGGCUUCACACCGGAGCGCCUGCCGCCCCGUUCCUGCCACAGCCCCCCCAACUUCACCAUCCCCCGGCCACUGGGCAGCCUCUUCCGGAAGGUGGGCCGGCUGCUGCUCGCUGAGUGCCGACCACCCCACCCCUUCACCCCCAAAGAGGACUCAGGCUCAGGAGCAGAGGGGCUGGAACCGGACCCCAUGAAGUGGGCCAGUGAGGCUCCUCUGUCUGAGAAGAGGGCUCCCGACCCCGAAGCCCCUGUCCACCUGCUCACACAAGGGGCGCUGCGGAGUGACCCAGCAGCUGUCCCCCCAGGACCCAAGGGGAGCCCACAGCUGGAAGUGGAGGCAGCCAUCAGGAACAUUCAGCUGUGCCUGGAUGCUGGCCCUGAUGCCACACAGGACCCCCCAGGGGAGCAGCGGCCUGUCCUCUGGGCCCCUAAAUGGGUGGAUUAUUCCAGCAAAUACGGCUUUGGCUACCAGCUAUCGGAUGGAGGCAGUGGGGUCCUGUUCCGUGACGGCACCCACAUGGCCCUGCGCCCCCCAGGAGGCCAAGUCUGCUACCUGCCCACCCGUGGGAAGCUAGAGACAUUCGCCCCGAGGUAUGUGCCGAGCCAGCUGGGUGCCAAGCUCGCUGUCCUGCGCCUCUUUACCUGCUACAUGGAGAGGCAACUUCGAGAGGAGGGUCCCCCACCAGCACCCCAGCUGCCUGCUGCUCCUGACCUCUGCCUGCUGCGGUUCUUUGUGUCGCCGCAGGUGCUUCUGCUGCUAUUCAGUGAUGGGACCAUGCAGGCCAGCUUUAGCGGUGCCCAGGCCCAUCUGGGGCUGAGCGGGGCCGGCGAGGACCUGCUGCUCACCCUCGAGGAGGCUGGGCGGCCCAGAGUCUCCAACUCGCUUCAUGCCCUGCACAUGCACGGCUUUAGCCCUGCGGCCCGCCAGCGCCUGCGCUUUGCCCUCCAAGUGCUGCAGAGCAGCUAGGCCCGGGCAGUGCUGCCCUUGCGUGUGGGUGCUGUGGACCUGGCCCGGCUCUGACCGUGUUCCUGAGGCAGGAGUCCUUCCCUUGAGGCGUGACUGUUCUCUUGGACUCCUGGGCUAUGUUCUUUUUU